AUGGACUCGGUCUCAUGUACAGACAGCGUCGUGGAUGUUUCCCCCGUGUGUUCCGCUCUUGGCUGGGCGAUCAUCGCACGGAACCGUGACUUUGUAUCCCAGCUUGUCACUCGUUUACUCUGGGCUGGCAUGCCCAGGCUGGGCAGUCUAGUAUCGUUCCAACUAGGCUGGAAGCGGUCACGCUGCAUUAGGGAGGUGGCCGCAAUUGUGAGCUGCCUCUUUGGUGGCGGUUGCAAUCAGAACUGGCUUGUUCUCUCUCCAGAGAUCGCCUUCCUGGUCAGAUAUGCUGAACUGCAACAACUACUUGCUGACAAGCAGAUUCAAGCGGCAGUGAAUACUGUUCUGGAUCUCCUCACGGCAGACUCCAUGUCCGAUGGAAGUUUACACCUUCUCAUGCUCAUCAAACCUCAUCUGACAGACGUGAGCAGCCUGCGUCGUGAUCAGAUCGAGCUCCUUACUGUCAUGGUGACGGAUCUUCGUGCAUCCAUCGAUCUUACGCUGCCGGACCAUAGUGUCGAUCCGAAUAUGACAGUCCUCAACGACUGGUUUUUCGGUUUGCACGAUCUCCUUUCCCGGGCUCGAGCUGCAGCGAUAUUGCGCGGCAACGCCUCGUCUAAUUCCGAAUUGAUGCCUCCCUUCAGCGAUGUUCGGUCUGAAUGUACAGUGCUCGCUGAUUAA